CAUCACGCUGGACAAUAGUCCGUAUAGUCGGCGCCGGCGUGGGCGUCGUUUGCAAGGGCGAGGCCGUCAUCCACGGUCGUGUUUGUAUAUUAUAUGAUAUCAUCGUAUUGUACCGCAUCGAACGUAGACCGCCAAAAUCGUUUUCCAUAACCGUUUUUUAUUUUUGUAUUUUCAAAAUUCUUACGACGCGGCUUCCGAUUCAGUAUCUACUUUUGUCGUGGAAUCCGUUUUUUUAGCCGGUUGCAUACACCCCUAUCACUACACACUAAUAACAAUUCUUAUACGCCCUGUUUAGUAGUAAUGUCCCGCCGUGACGUGCCGAAUAACAACAACUCUGCAGCGUGACAACGUAUCGCGGUUUUUCGGGGUGAUAUUGUUGUACACUGCACAUUCGUACGCGUAUGUUGAGUUACCGCAAGUUUAUACGUAUUUUUUCGCAUCUUAAAUUGUAAAAAAUACCCCAAUAAAAUAUUCUAAAUUAUAAUUAUUAUAUCGAGUGCCUGUAUUGUACGACAAACGCGUAUUAGGUGCCAAUAUUAUUAUUAUCAUAAUAUUAUAUCUCUCGCAACCGGACCGCAGUUCUGCGAUCGAUGGACAUCAAGGGUAAGGUCGCCAUGGUUACAGGCGGGGCCGCCGGUAUUGGUCGCGCGUAUUGCGAAGAACUGUUGAAAAACGGAGCCAAAGUUUCUAUAUGUGAUAUUAAUGAAGAUGUCGGCGUCAAAUUGGCCGACCUGUUGGGCGCCAAGUUUGGAAACGUCAAAGUGAUAUUUUGUCCCUGCGACGUCACCGAUUAUCCACAGUUUCAAGAUGCGUUUCGAAAAACUAUAGCAGCUUUUGGUGGACUUGACAUAGUAGUUAACAACGCGGGUGUAUUCAACGAUCGAUUCUGGGAAUUCGAAGUGGAUGUUAACUUGAACGGUGUCAUCAGAGGAACAUUGCUGGCGAUGCAACUCAUGGGCAAGGACAAAGGAGGUCGUGGUGGUACUGUAGUCGUAACUUCGUCUACAAUGGGUUAUAAACCAUGUCCCAGUAUGCCAAUCUACACAGCGACCAAACAUGCUCUAAUUGGUUUCAUUAGAUCAUUUGGGGAUCCUUAUCACACGAAUUUAACAGGGAUUCGAGUAAUCGCUUUAUGUCCAGGAAUGACACUUACUGAUGCUAUACCCGAGGAUGUUAAACUGGCGUUAUUGUCGCCCAAUUUUAUACACCUCUGGGAUAAGGAUGUCGCAUCACAAGCACCCCAAGCUGCCCAAAGUGUGGGACGUGCGCUAAUUCACGUACUACAGAAAGCUCAAAGUGGUUCAGUUUGGGUUGCUGAGAACAACAAAUCAGCCAAAGAAGUUAAGUUCCCUAACUUUUAAUUUUUAACGCCAUCUGCCAAUUACUUUUUUUAAAUAAUUGUUUUGUUUUUUAAUGUUUAAACUACUCUCCACUUGUGGUGAUGGACAAAAUUUUAUUGAUUAUUUAUAAUUUAUAUAAUUAUAUGUUUUUGUAUAAUUGAAUUCAAAGUCCAUAAUUUACCGUUAUUAAUUAUUAUUGUUUUAUUCGCGAAAAUCGUCAUAAUGCUUUAAUAGGUUAAUCAUAUAAGCAGGUAUAUUAUUUCAUUUUAUAAUCAAUAUUUAGCGCAUCGGUUCUUCAAUUUAUUCGGAUAGUAAAAUUAAAAAUAUAUCCAUAUAAACGUAAUUUCGACGGAAAUAUAAAUUAAUCAACGUACAUAAUAUACAUCAAAUAUCACCAUAUCGAAGUAUAAAUGAAAACUAUAUACUCGUACCUAAUGCUCAUAUAUAUUAAUCGUAUUAAACAUAUGAUAUAUAUAUAUGUGUGUGUGUGUGUAUAUAGAUAUGCAGUCAGAAAGCCGGUAAAAUAUCGUUAAACAAUUAUCUAUGUUUUUAAUAUCUGACGAAUUAUAUUCACGCACACUCACACACACAUAUAUAUAUAUACAUAUAUAUUAAAUAUAUUAAAUAUUUUUAUGAAUAGGGUUUUUUAAUAAUUGUUUACGCAUUACACCAAAAAUAAUAAUAAUUAAUUAUCCAAAUUUUGUAUAUUUUUAAAUUAAUCAUCGGCUGUGAAACUAUUUUGUUUUGUGAUAUGAUAUGCUAUUUACUUAAUUGCUUAUUAUAUAAUUAAAUUAUAGUAAUUAUACCUACCUAUUUCAAACCCCCAUAAUACCUAGGGAUAUUGUUUUAUAUAAUAAAUCAAAAUCAACGAAACUCACCUGGGACCAUGUUAUAUUUAAAAUAAUAAAAAUUAUAACAAUAUAAUAUUACUUUUUACGGCCCUUGGUAUUUUGUUUUUAUACCUACUAUUAUAAUAUUCAUUUUAUAUAAUACAACAUGAUAAUAGUAUAUACAUAGGUAAUAUUCAAAAUUUCAAAAUCUAAUAUAUGUUCGUUAUAACUAAUACUCAAUAUUCAUCUGAAUUUUAAUUCCAAAUCAAAAUAUCUUUAUUUAUUUAACAAAGUAAAUACUUCACAUCGGUGAUAUCACCUACACCAAUUUACCAAAUUAAAUUUAUCACGCAACUUCUUUUUGUAAUAAUAUUAUAUAACUAUAAAAGAUCCUAUUGUUUCUCAAAAUAAAAAAUAUAUAACUAAUACAUGAUAUAUGUGUCAUGUUAAAAUAGUAGUAAUAAAAGAAGAAACAUCCGCGAAGAAAAUAUACGACAAGACACAGAUAAUCCGUUCGUUUAUGGGUCGAUUUGACUCUAAUAUUGAAAAUUCAAUUAACUGUCGUGUACAUCGAUUAUACCGAAUGUAAAUUUAAUAGAUUUUGCUACUUAUAUUAUUUUUGAGACAAGUAUAACACAUAUGUCAUUACGUCCUUUUUAAAUUCAAUAAUUUUGUUUGAAACGAUUUAAAAUUAUUCAACGUGUAGAUAGCAUAUCAGACCACAGCCAAUACAUAAUUAUUAUAUAAUAUGUAUCUAUUAUUUAGAUAUACAUUUUUUAUGAUUCUAAAUAUUAAUUACAAUACUAUUUAGUAUUUAUUGAUUUGAUUUUUUUUUAUAUACUUAUAAUUCGUACCUACAUACCUUAUUAUAGUAUGAUUCUAUGAUAACAAUAUUUUUGCAUUUACCUAUAUAAUUAAAAAACAUUAUUUAGUGUAUACAUGAUUGGGUGAUAACACGUUCCGUUUAAAACGGAAUUUUCCUUUUUUUGAGCGUCAUAUUUUCUUGUAUUGACAAACUUCGUACGGAACGCUUUUUCCGUUGUAAUCGCGUUAUCUCCAUAAUAUUAUAUAUUUAUAUAUUUAUAGAUAUUAUAUGCGUAAAAGAAAAACCUGUACACAAAAAAAAAAAAUACAAAACAAUAUUGGUAUUUACUA